CUCAUCUCUCUUCAAAACGACAGGGAAAACAAUGUUUAGCUAAAGGCCAAAACCCAAAGUUACCUUCUAGAAAUUUCCAUAAAAUCACCUUCCAACAGUCUCUCUCUGAUCGAAUUUUGUUAACAAAAACCCUUAAAAGCUUCUCUCUCUUUCAUCACCAUUCUCUACUUUCAUUCCAUUUCUGACCCUUUUUUCUAUAUAUAAAACAAACUUUCAGUCGGUUUUCGCUAUUACAUUUCGCCGAUCAUCUAAAUCUCGAAUCAAAAUAAAUAAAAACUGGAACUUUUGAUUACCCUUUUUCAAUUAUUGUAAUCAUACAAUUCUGGGUUUAUAUUGUUUUCUGUAAAAUUUGAGUUUUUUUAUAUAUAUUUUGUGCAUUUCCAUGGCGGCUGAUGCACAAGUAUGUGGUGAGACGGCAGUGAUUGAGGCUCCGGCUGUUCAAUCACUGUUAUCAAACACUGAUGAUACAAAAUUUUCUGAUGUGGGUUCGGAAGAAUCUGAGUUCAAUUCUGAGAAAAAUGUGAAUUCUGAAUCUGUAGUUAAUGGUGGGAAGGAUUGUUCGGAUGUUAAAUCUGAUUACAAAAUGCAAGAUAUUGUUGACAUGUUGAAGAAACUCAAGUUGAAUCCUCUGGCAAAGGAGUUUGUUCCUUCUUAUUAUAAUCGCGAACAGAUGUUUCUGAAUAAUUUUGUGCCUGUUAUUAAGACUGUGGGAGGUGAUGCUUUUCAGAACAAUGGAAAGAGAGGUAACAACCACAACCAGGGAAGAAGAAGAAUGAACAAUAGAGCUUUUAAGACUCAAAGAGAAGAUAGCAUUAGGAGAACAGUAUAUGUUUCUGACAUCGAUCACAAUAUAACAGAAGAGCGUCUUGCUGCAUUAUUUAGCGCUUAUGGACAAGUUGUUGACUGCAGAGUUUGUGGUGAUCCCCACUCUCGCCUUCGCUUUGCCUUUGUGGAAUUCGCCGAUGAAUACUCAGCAAGAGCCUCACUUUGCCUUUGUGGGACAAUAUUAGGGUUCUCUCCUCUGAAGGUCCUACCAUCAAAAACUGCUAUUCUACCCGUGAAUCCUACAUUCCUUCCUAGGUCUGAGGAUGAGCGUGAGAUGUGUGCCAGGACAGUCUACUGCACAAAUAUUGACAAGAAGCUUUCUCAAGCUGAUGUAAAGAAUUUCUUUGAAACAAGAUGUGGUGAGGUGUCUCGCCUGAGGCUUUUGGGGGAUCAAGUGCACUCUACCCGUAUUGCUUUUGUUGAAUUUGUUAUGGCUGAGAGUGCAAUUUUGGCAUUGGACUGUUGCGGGCAGAUUUUGGGAUCCCAACGCAUCAGGGUGAGUCCUUCAAAGACACCUGUGAGGCCACGAGUUCCUCGUCCCAUGAUGCAUUAGGCAAUCCUUUGUUGCUAUCAAGGUCUGGAAAGAGUUGAGCGCAAGCCCUCUUGGAAGACUUGAGGUCACGAUGGGAACACGAGACAAACGUCUGUUUCAGUAAUUUCCAUCUUUUUCUUUCCCACUUCCUUUCAGCUCGCGGUAACUCUUUAUCACUACUGAAAAUGACUGUUGACCCUGUUUUAGCUUAAAGUUUUUAACAGAAAUGUCACAACAUUUUAGUAGUUCCAUAUUUUCCUUUUA